GAGUAAAGACCUGGUGGUGAGUGCUCUUCUCUUCGUGUGCGUCCAUCUCCUCUCCCCAGUGCGGGACUGGUGGGAAAUGAGGAGUAGGGGAGCAGCACUUGGCCUUCGAGCCUCCAUAGCUGGAAAAACACAUUGUCAGGAGCGUGCCGGCAGCUGGGAUGCCUUGCGUGGCACGGCACGGCGUGGCUGGAGCUGGCGCCGACCCCUGUCUUCGCUGCCCUUGUGCCCCAGAGCCUCCUCCUGGGGGUGGUCCUGGCUCUGUGGGGUCUUUAUCACCACAGCUGCGCAAGCAUUGAGCGUAGGGAGCGCCGGACGCCGCGAGGGAGGUGGGUGGAGGAGCCUUGAGAUAAGGCGGCAGACACAACACAGGGGUGGGGGGCAAAGGAGGAACCCUCCUUCCCAGUCCUUUUUAAACGGCGCGGCCCCCCUCGGCUGCCACCGCUUUGCCAUGGAGAAAACCACGGUGCUGAUCACAGGCUGCUCCUCAGGCAUCGGCUUGGGGUUGGCCGCGCGCCUGGCAGCCGACACCGCUCACAGGUUCAAAGGUAAAGGAGGGGGGACGAUGCGCCAUGGGGUGGCAUCUGGGGAAGGGGUCUCCUGGGAGGCGGCAGCUCCAGAGGAGCCUGAGCUCACCACCACCACCACCACCACCACGGCGGUCUCUCCUCCAGUCUACGCCACCAUGCGUGACUUGGCCAAGGAAGAGCGGCUGCGGGAGCGCCUGGGGGGCUGCUGCCCCAGCACGCUGGAGGUCCUGCAGCUCGAUGUCACCGACCCGCGCUCGCUGGAGGCCGCGGUGCAGCAGUUGCAGGGGCAGCAGCAGCUGGAUGUGCUGGUCUGCAACGCCGGGGUGGGACUGAUGGGUCCCCUGGAGACCUGCUCCGACCAAGCCAUGAAGACCGUCUUCGACGUGAACCUCUUUGGGACCAUCCGCACCAUCCAGGCGUUCCUGCCUGCCAUGAAGCGCCGCAGAGCUGGGCGGAUAAUUGUCUCCAGCAGCAUCGGGGGGCUGCAAGGGCUGCCCUUCAAUGCCGUGUACUGUGCCAGCAAGUUUGCGGUGGAGGGGCUGUGUGAGAGCCUGGCCAUCGUCCUGCAGCCCUUCAACAUCCAUGUGACACUGGUAGAGUGCGGACCCGUCAACACCAGCUUCCUGGCCAACCUGCAGCGCCCAGACCCUGAGAGCAGCGAGCUGCAGGGGUUGGACACCAAGACGCAGAAUCUCUACCACCGGUACCUCCAGCACUGUCAGAGCUUCUUCUGCGAGGCGGCCCAGGAGGUGGAAGAGGUCCUGCAGGUGUUCCUGGAGGCCAUCGGCACCCCCUGUCCUCCCCUGCGUCGCCUCACCACCCAGCGCUUCGCCUCGCUCUCCCGCCUGCGCCUGGACAGCCCCAAUGGCUCCAUGUACGUCCAGGCCAUGCAUGACUUCGUCUUCGGCCACGGCGAGGCCAGUGACGCCAGCGAGCCCCAGCCCUGAGCAGAGCCGCCGUGAUGCCGGGGUGACUGCCCUGGGGUGCGGACCCCCCGUCCUGCAAGCGCAGAACCUCAACCCCGCGGUGUCCAUCCCAUCUGGAGGGGUCUCACUGCCAUCGUGGCACCAAUAAAGCCGCGUUGCAGCUCCUGGCUCUGUCCCUCCCAUCCUGCCCGGUCCCUGGUACCCAGUGGGAUUCAGUCCCUGGGGCUCCCCUGGUCCCCCGCGAUCCAGCUGGGAGGGAUCAGCCCCAUCUCGGGGAUCCGUUGGGGUUCAGUCUGGUUCCUGGCAGGGAUCAGCCCCAUCCUCGGGGACUAGCGGUGUUCAUCCCGGUCCCCAACGGGGGUUCAUCCCAGUCCCCAGUGCUCGGUGGGGGUUCAUCCCGGUCCCUGGUAGGGGUUCAUUCCGGUCCCUGAUGCCCGGUAGGGGUUCAUUCUCGUCCCCGGAGGGUUCAUCCCGGUCCCCAGUGCCCAGUGGGAGUUCAUCC